AUGCAACACACUAUCAUAGCCUCUCUUCUGGCUGCGCCGUUGCUUGCGCUUGCGCAAUUCCCACCACCAGUCGAGUACUCAAAUAUCCUGAAGUCACCCAUCAACGAGAACAUCACUAUUGCGUACAAGACUCCACCUGCUGGCACGUGUACCACGGCAUUCAGCACUCAGAAACAGUUUACUGGUUAUAUUGGUAUGUUGCUUGGUGCAGAUGCCCUGACUCUUGCUGAUUCAAUCANNGGCCUUCCUCCUUUCACACUGCAACCAAUACAGCAAAACUACUCAAUCAAUACCUUUUUCUGGUUUACCGAGGCACGACAGAACCCUGAGACGGCCCCGCUGACUAUCUGGAUCAAUGGAGGUCCUGGAAGCAGCAGCUUGAUUGGCAUGUUUGCCGAAAACGGCCCUUGCGAGGUUGUUCAGACGGCAGAUGGCUCAUAUGGCACUCAAGCUCGUAUGUGGGGUUGGGACAGGAGCUCGAAUAUUCUUUUCAUCGAUCAGCCAACUCAGGUAUNNGUUGGACUCUCUUACGACACUCUCACCAACCUGACCUACGAUCUCCUCGACGAAAGCUUCUUCCCACCUGGCAGCACCGACAAUGACAAUGAAGGGAACGAGCCCGCCUACGCGCUCAUGAACGGAACUUUCAGCUCUGGUAACCCAAUGUCCACGAGCAAUACCACCGAUAUCUCAGCAAGAGCUGCAUGGCAUUUCCUCCAAAGCUUCUUGUCCGCAUUUCCGCAGUAUAAUCCUGGUGUUCGCCCAAACAGCUCCCAAAUCUCGACCACUGGUGUCAAUCUCUUUGCUGAGAGUUAUGGCGGUACAUAUGGUCCAACCUUUGCCAAUUACUUUGAGGAGCAGAAUGCAAAACGCGAAAACGGCACCUUGCCCAAGAACUCCACCCUGGAGAUCAAGCUUACAUCCUUAGGCAUCGUGAAUGGACUGAUCGAUUCUCUGAUUCAGGACUACUACUACGCCACUNUUGCGUACAACAACACAUUCGGCAUUCAGGCAAUUUCACAGACAGAUGAACUCAAUCUGAUUGAGCAGUACAACAAUGAGUGCAGCAAGCAGACCAACCUCUGUCGUACAAUCGCCAAUCAGACCGACCCCGAAGGCGAAGGCGACGUUCAGCAGGCCAAUAUUGCGUGCCAAGCAGCCACAUACUAUUGCAACAGCUUGAUGGGUCCAUUCGAUAGAAGCAAUCUCAGCGUCUACGACAUUCGCGUUGAGACUCCCUCCCCGGAUCCGUCAAAUGCCUAUCUGGAGUAUCUGAACACGGCUUCAGUGCAGCAAGCCAUCGGUGCACGCGUCAACUACACGACUAGCAGUAGUGCCGUCAUGAGCGCCUUUGUCAGAACAGGAGACUCAAUUCGCGGUGGUCAAAUUCAAGAGAUUGCCAAUCUCCUCCGAUCUGGAGUGCGAGUAUCUCUGAUGUAUGGCGAUGCUGAUUACAUUUGCAAUUGGAAAGGUGGUGAGGCUGCCUCAUUCGCUGUCGCAGCUGCCCUCUCAGAUUUCCCUUCGAACGGAACAACACCUUCAUAUCUCUCUGGCUGGAACAGUGCAGGCUAUGCGGACAUUGUUGUCAACACGAGUUAUGUCGGAGGUGCUGUACGCCAGUUCGGAAACUUCUCGUUCAGUCGAAUCUACGACGCAGGACACAUGGUUCCAUUCUACCAACCAGAGACUGCCUUUACCGUCUUCACUCGUGUCAUCGAUGGCACUGAUCUUAGCACGGGAGAGCCGAUUGAUCUUUCGACUUUCAAAUCUUCUGGACCAAUGAACUCGACACACACAAAUUCGCCACUGGCCAAGCAGCCAGCACCGACUUGCUGGAUCCGAGCAAUACAGGACACUUGUUCAGACGAGCAGAUUUCCGACAUGAGACAAGGCAAGGGUAUCGUGGCAGCAGGAGUCUGGUAUCCGAACUCGAAACAGUACAGUGCACCUAGCAGUACUGUCGCAGCUGGCAAGCCCGGUUCACCGGUUAGUCAGUCUUCGACAAGCUCAAAAUCUACCAACAGUGAUAGCAGCGGCACAAGUAGUGUCGCAUUGACUGGUGUGUUCACUGCAACAGCAACGCCCAGUCCUGCCAAGGGAGGAGCUGGUAGAGUAGAGGGUACAAACAAGUGGAUUCAGAGUCUGCUUGGACUAUGUGCUCUGACGGUGGUCAUAUGA